UGUAUCGAUAAAAAGUUGAAAUCGCUUUGGCGCAAAAAUGAAAUACAAUCGAAUUAAUUAUAAAAGGUACAAAAAUUACGAAACUUUAGGCGUAUCGUGAUAUAAGGAUUUAAUAAAUGUUAAUUUAGAUAAUUAAUUCAAGAAAAGUAAUUUAAUUAUCGUAUAAUUUUAUAAACCAAUAUCUCGACGCCAUUUUUCGAUCCAAAAAUCGAAUGUCGAUUAUCAAACCAAUUUCAAACCUGAAGCUGCCGAUCUGCCGCUAUGUUAGUCAUGUAACGUGCGAACACUCGUAACGGAAAGUACAACACGUUGGACAGCGAAAUGGCACCCCGUAAAGCUGCGAAACAUCCCGGUUCAGAAGUUGCCCAAACCGCGGAAAUCGGCGAUGUAUCACCACCAAAAAGAAAGAAAACUGUUGUGAAAAGUGCAGUUAAAAAUGGGGAAAAUGAAGAAAAGCAAAUUAGAUUACCAAGAGCUGCGAAGUCGGCCAAAAACGAACAAACCGAAGUCAUAGAUUCAGUCGCGAAAACAAAGGAUAAGAUAUCGGUGUCUGCUAAAAAUGCUCCGGCACCUCCAAAAGCAAACUCGAAAAGUAAAUCUGCAGCGAAAAAAAAUAAAGAAACUGAAGAAAAAAGUGACGAAAAUUUAAAAAAUGGUGAAACGAAUGCUGAAAAAACAGAAACGAAGAAGACACGUACGAAACCUGCGGCAAAAAAGGCGGGAACGGAUGUGGUCGUAGAGCCUGAAGAAAAAUCAACAGGAAGGUCUAAGAAAGUUGCUGCCAGUGAAACUACAGAGAGCUUGAAAGUAUCAAAUAAAAAAAACACAAAGGCAGCAAAUGCUGAAUCAGAAACAAAAGAAAAAUCAAAAACAAGAACAACAAAAAAGAAAAGUAAUGCAGAUGUUGAUUCAAAGAGUAAGACUAAAACCACUGUUACUAGUAAGACUAAAAAUAAAGAAGGAUCAAACACUACUGCAAAAGCAGCUAAAAAAGAUGAUAAAGUUACAAAAACAGUUACCAGGAGUACAAGGGGUCGUAAAAAUGAUGCUGUUGUAGAAGAUGCAUCACAAGAUGAUGAAGGAUCAUCAUCUUCAGAAGCAUUAAAUACUAGUGAUAAUGAAAAUCAAGAAUCUCAGAAUGAUAAUCCAGAAGAGACAGAAUCAGUUCCAGUAUCAAAGAAAGGAAGAAAUACAAAAAAGAAAGAGCAAGUUGAACCACAAAAGAGAACUAACAAAACUAGAGGUAAAGGUGCUGGUCGCAAUGCUGCCUUAAAAAAAGAUGAUGAUACUGUAAAUGAAGAAGAUGUUGAUACAACAAAGCCAGUUACGAAUGCCCAAAAGAAGACAAAUAAAGAACCAGUUGUAAGGAAAGGACGAGGAAGAAAAGCAGCUACAACAGCAAAAAACGAAAAUGGAAUAAAGAGUUCAGAAAAUUCCACUGCAGAGGAAAAUUCAUCUGAUACUUUAGUAAGCAAUAACAAUGUACAAAAAUCAUUAGAAGAUGAUGACAGAGAACAAAGUUCUGAGGAAGAAGAAACUUCAGGAAUAGCAAAAAAUGUAGAUGAAACUGUUACAAUUAAAAAUGAAGAACCUGAAAAUAAUUCAAUGAGUACAUCAAUAGACGAAAAAGAAAACUAAUGGUAAGAGAACAUGACUAGGGUAAGGUGAACCACAUUGAGCAUUCCAUCAAUCUUCAAAAGUUUCAAUCAUUUUUAACACUAGAAUGCCAGUGUUUUUCAAUGUUGUAUUAAAAUACACGUAUCUUAUGUUUAUGUUUCAUUUAAUUUUUCAAGAACUGUUACAAUAUUUUUAAUACGAACAACAUUAUCAAUAAAAUA